AAAUUACACAGUAAGUAUUCUACUUCCCCGGGAGAGCCAGUCGUAGGAGUAAUCAACCGGAGUUCGUCGGUCGUUCGUCUUCUCUCUGUGCUGUGCAAAACGCGCAAACGAGAAAAACAAAAACAGAAGAAAGGCGGAGCAUGUAAUAAAUUCACGCGGAUCUUAAAUUCGGAUAAAUUUGAGAGGAUUGAGGACUCCGUCUUCGCUAGGAAUCGAUCCUGGAACGUGGAAACAGAUAAGUUGUUAUUAAACUUAAAAAAAACAAGUAGUAGUUGUUUUCAGGAUUGAAUUUUGAACGAAAUUGAAUCUUUGGAAAAUCGAAAUUUACGUAUGUGCAGUAAGAAGACGUAAACGGCAUUCACAGGUUGAAUUUUUUUGGCUUUAUAAGAAGUUCUGAUCUGUGCUUAGGGUUUUCAGGGUUUGAACUUGGCAGCAGGGCUUGGAAAUUUGGAAUUGUCUGCGAAAUCUGGAAGUAGUCGCUCUGUUUAGCAUUACUGGAUCUUAUUUUGCGAAUUCUUUGAAAGGAUUGCUGCAAAUUUGGAGGGCUGUGAUAUUCUUUAGGUUUGUUAGGGUUUGAAUUUGAGAAAAUAAUUUGGCAGCAGCUCUCAAAAAGUCAAGUUGUUUAUCAAGCAGUGCCGAAUUCUGCAAGUGGAAGUCGUGGGUGUCAUUUAGGGCUCUAAUUUGGCAUUUUCUUGAUUGAAUUGCUGCACAUUUGAAGCGCUGCUAUCUAUUUCUAUUGUUUGACCUUUGCUAGCCCUUAGUUUAGCAGAAGGGGUUGAAAAAUUAGAAAUUGUUGUCAGAUAAUGCUUAAAUUUGCAAUUAGAUAAUCUGGCUAACAAUUGCGGAGCCAAUUUUGUCGUUUAUUAAGAGUUGCUGUAAGUUUGAAACACUGUAUUCUGUUUCUAGGGCUUUUGGGGUUUGAAUUUGAAUGGCUUGCAUCAUUGCUUGAAUUGUGGGUUCAUAUAUGCCAAAACUUGCAACUCAUUCUCUGGCUAGCAUCUGUGUAUCGAAUUUGGUAUAAACUGUAAAUUUGAACCUCUGCAAUCAGUAAUUUGAAAAGGUGGCCCCAGGUCUUGAAGUUAUCUGUCCAAGAAUUUCAACAUUUGCAACUAGAUAUUCUGAUUGAUGCUUUGGCUGGCAGUUACCGAUCAACUUUGACAUUUUCUUUGAAAGAUGUGCUUCAAAUUUGAGUUGUUGUGAUCCAUUUCUAGAGUUUAAAUCUGAACUGGUAGCAGCAGGGUUUGAAACUACCAGUCAAAGAAUUAAAAAAAUAUCAACUAAAAGCUUUGCUUAGCAAUUUUGCAUCGAGUCAGGAAUUUUCUUUGAAUUGCUCUAAUCUUGGAAGUGUUGUAAUCUAUUUCUUGGGCUUUCAGACUUGUUUCCAUUUGCUUGAAUUAUGGAAACAUCUGGAGGGAACACUGAAGGAGGAUUUAGGAGCAAUGGUACAAGAAGAUAUGGGAUGACUUUUUCUGCUGCAAAUUUAAUUCAGGCACCGCUUUCUGCUUUUUUGGAGUAUUCAGGGCUUUUGAGAGGUCGAUCUCAUCACCACGAUAGUGAGGCUACAACUGGAUUGACAGCUGGAGGUGGUGCCUUCAGGGAUAGGGCAGACAAUGGCGGAGGUGCUGAGGUGUCUAUUAGGAUAAUCGGAGCAGGGGAGCAAGAGCAUGUGAGAGUAGGGGCAGUUGCAUCUAAUGUUGAAGAAACAGAAACAGUUAACGGCGGUAAUAAUAAUCAUAUACAGGCUUCUUCAGCACCUUUGCAGGGUACAGGAAAUGUUGAUAUCAGUGGUGGAGGUAGUGUGGGCUCGUCCUCUUCAGUUACACCACUGGCAAUAAACUCUGUGCCUAACAAUGCAGAGACAGAUGCCAGCGAGAAUAGUAAUAAUAAUACAAAUGGAAAUGGAAGGGAUACUGCAUAUCAGAGAUAUGAUAUUCAACAACUUGCUAGAUAUAUCGAGCAGAUUUUGCCAUUUUCCUUGCUUUUGUUGGUGGUCUUCAUUCGACAGCAUUUGCAAGGCUUCUUUGUUACAUUCUGGAUAGCAGCAGUGAUGAUCAAGUCGAAUGAUAUUCUGCGCAAGCAGACAGCUUUGAAGGGUGAACGGAAGAUUUCAGUUCUUAUUGGCAUCAUAUUGGUUUUUGUGGUCCAUGUGGUUGGAAUUUAUUGGUGGUACAGGAAUGUUGAUCUACUGUAUCCACUAGUUAUGCUUCCUCCAAAAAAAAUACCACCGUUCUGGCAUGCAAUGUUCAUCAUUGUGGUAAAUGAUACAAUGGUGCGGCAAGCUGCAAUGGUUGCAAAGUGUGGCCUUUUGAUCUAUUAUAAAAAUAGCAGAGGUCGUAAUUAUCGUAAGCAGGGUCAGAUGUUGACUCUGGUUGAAUACAUUCUACUGCUCUACCGAGCAUUACUUCCUACUCCUGUCUGGUACCGGUUUUUCUUGAACAAAGAUUAUGGUAGCCUAUUUUCAUCUCUCACGACAGGAUUAUAUCUUACAUUUAAACUCACAUCAAUUGUGGAGAAGGUUCAAUCAUUCUUUGCUGCAUUGAAAGCAUUGUCUCGCAAAGAAGUUCAGUAUGGGUCAUAUGCUAGCAUGGAGGAGGUUCUUGCAGCUGGAGACUUGUGUGCAAUCUGCCAGGAGAAAAUGCAUGCCCCAAUAUUACUUCGUUGUAAACAUAUAUUUUGUGAGGAAUGUGUGUCAGAAUGGUUUGAAAGGGAGAGGACAUGCCCAUUGUGUCGAGCUUUGGUAAAACCAGCAGAUUUGAGAUCCUUUGGGGAUGGCUCUACCAGCCUUUUCUUCCAGCUUUUUUGAUUUUGUUGCAAGGGGAGCAAGACCAAGUUAGUCAACUUGAAGCUGUGCAUAAUUCGAAAGAGCACCAAGUCAUCUGAGAAGAGAUGUCAUCAAUAUUGGGCUUAUGCAAAGGAAACCUGUUUCUGUUUCUGACAUUUGAGACAUCAGAGAAUGCUAUUGAGAAGUAAAUUAUGAAAAUUUCAGGUCUUUUAAUUGAUGUCAUUUGGGAUGCUUGUACAGUGCCAUUUUCUAAUGUUUCUUUGUUUGGGGGAAAUCCAUUUUGUGAGAAAUUAUUUCAGAAAUGAUGUAUAAUGGAGUGCGUUGAUAAAGUCUCUAGACUAGACGUUACCAGUAACUCUAAAACUGAAAAAGUGUAAUUUGAAUGUGGUCUUUUGACAUGGAUUCAGAUCACGAUUCUCCCAUAUCAAUUCUAGUAAAUAUGUCCAAAAUUUUACAUGCAAGAGAUGCAAUAUGCAUUUUGUUUUGCA